AUGCGCAAAAAAAGUGUCUCACUCCAAAGAUAUAUAUUACAAUACAUUCAUAAGAAAGGAAAAAAGCCAGGUGGAUCUCUGUAUGCUAAGUACCACAGUGUAUUAUUGAAACUUAGACGGGAUGGUCUUAUUUCCAAAAGAGAUGUAGAACCAACAACAAAAGGAACGGAGAUUAAUUCUUGCGUAACAGAUUGCAUUCAAGAAAAAUCAUGGUUAAAGUAUAACGUUGAACCAUUCGAUGAAGUUCAACUAAAAUGGGAAGCGACUUUUGCUGUGCGACGACAAAUGCUACAAAAAGAUGCCAAUUUAAAUACAAUUUUAGAAGAAUGGCCUCAGUAUAAGCAGAGUUUUGGGCAUUUAAUGAUAGAACUGGAUUUUAAGAAGCUGUACCCCGAAAAGCAAAAUUUGUUAUUUGAUAAAUGGGAGAGCUUCUGCCAAGCGAUUCCACCUUUGCUAGAAAUUUACAUUAAAGAUUCAAACAGUUUAACUACUUGGAGGCAGUUUAAAGAAGGAAGCAUCAAUGCUGGUAUUUAA